GCAUAUUGAGGCAAACUGGAUGAAAUACUGGAAGUCAGGUGACAUGAAGAAACUUCUAUGGUGGUCUACUUGGAGUACUUAUGAGGAGGAUUUUAAGGACCAGUUGAGUGCACUUGGUGAAUUGCCAGAGAAUGCUACCAAGGACCUUCUUAAGCAUCCAUUAAAAGGAUGGUGUAGAGAUUAUAUGGACACUGUUUGUAAAAAUCAGAUGGUGGAUAACAACUUUAUCGAGUCCUUCAAUUCAUGGGUACUACAACUAAGAGGUAAGCCUAUGUUGAGAAUACUUGAGGAGACUAGACUUAAGAUAAUGAAUAGGCUGAGAGAAAAGGAAGAUGAGGCAAGGUCAUGGACCACAAAUUACAGUCCAUAUUGCAUGAAGUUGUUUACUGCCCACAUGAUGAUAGCAAACUUGUGUAAUAUUGAUUUUAAUGGUAAGGAUGGGUAUGAAGUGUCUGAGGGUGAUGAUAGGCACAUAGUGAUUCCGGUACAAAAGAAAUGCACCUGCAGAUCUUGGCAGCUGACUGGCAUCCCAUGCCCCUAUGCCAUCAAGGCAUUGUUGCACCAAAAGAUUGAUCCUAUGAAUGAAAUUAAUUGGUGGUACAGCAAGAAAGCCUACUUGUUGACAUAUGGGACGAAGCUGCUACCUGUUAGAGGGGAGAAAUUCUGGAAAGUGUUACCAGAACAUAAAAUGGCCCCACUUGAUAUUGUGAAGACUGAUGGCAGACCUAAGGUUCAAAGAACUAGAGAAAAGGAUGCAGCAAUUUAAAGAGCUGGAGAGUGGGCACAUUCUAGAAAAGGAACUAGAAUGACAUGUAGUGUGUGGUUCUUAUUCUCACAAUGCAAGGAAAUGCAAGGUUGUUGAAGAAGCAAGUACUUCAAGAACUAGGAAAAGGGCCAAAUUUGUUGAAGCACAAGAGGUUGAUGUCAACAGUUCAGCACCUCAACCAUCACAAGAAGGUGACUUGCAUUUCAUGCCCACACCUAGAGUUCAACAGGAGUAGUAUGAAAGAUUUGGUCCACUUUCAGAGGAUGAUAGUGAUCCAGAUCUAAGGCUAAAGAUCAUUUCUGAAGAACAAACAAGGUUGAGAAUGAGGCAAGUUAGAAGAUUGCAAACUGGAAGUAGAGUGAUUUCUUUCAAGGGUGACCAUACUGGUGUGAGUGAGCCUACAAAUUUGCCUUACUCACCUACUAAGCUUACUCGGAUAGGAAAAUAAGUUGUCACUAGCAACCACUUGGAAAGGGCAAGAGAGAAGAAGGUGGGAAAGUUGAAGACUAUAAAGACAAAUGGGAAGAUCAAAUUUAGAGUCUUGGUUCUGUUUAUUAUUUGUAAUAUUGACUUAAUUCUGCCAGAUAUUGUAUUUCCAACUACCAAAUAGGGUUAGUUUUUGUAAGAUUUGGUAGUUGGAAAUGUAAGCUAUUGGUUUUUCUUUUGUGUUAUAGUCUGGCAAAGUGCAAAUAGUAGGAAGUGUAGGUUUAAGUAUUUUAAGUUUGUUGGAUUGCUAGUUUAUGUUUGUAAUAUUUUGACUUGUGUAAUGACUAUG